GACAUGGGGAAGAUGGCGGCGGCCGUGGGUUCUGUGGCGACGUUGGCAGCGGAUCCGGGAGAGGACGCCUUUAGGAAACUUUUCCGCUUCUACCGACAAAGCCGUCCCGGGACAGCGGACCUGGGAGGGGUCAUCGACUUCUCGUCGGCCCCCAUAGCCCGGGGGUCAGGUGCUCACAAGGUGGUCAGGUCUCAGCUAAAUGUGUCCUCAGUCAAUGAGCAUGAUGCACAUAGAGCAGGACUUCAGCCGGUCAGCAAGUGGCGAGCCUAUGGACUUGAAGGCUAUCCUGGAUUUAUUUUUAUCCCAAACCCCUUCCUCCCAGGUUACCAGUGGCACUGGGUGAAGCAGUGCCUUAAGUUGUAUUCCCAGAAACCCAACAUAUGCAACCUGGACAAACACAUGACUAAAGAAGAGACCCAAGAUCUGUGGGAACAGAGCAAGGAGUUCCUGAGAUAUAAAGAAGUGAAUAAACGGAGACCCCGAAGUUUACUAGAGAAACUGCGCUGGGUGACCUUAGGCUACCAUUAUAACUGGGACAGUAAGAAAUAUUCAGCAGAUCACUAUACACCUUUCCCCUCUGACCUGGCUUUCCUCUCAGAGCAAGUGGCCGCUGCCUGUGGAUUUCAGGGUUUCCAAGCCGAAGCAGGUAUCCUGAAUUACUACCGCUUAGAUUCCACACUGGGAAUCCACGUAGACAAAUCUGAACUAGAUCACUCCAAACCCCUCCUGUCAUUCAGUUUUGGACAGUCUGCCAUCUUUCUCCUGGGUGGCCUCAAAAGAGAUGAAGCCCCUACAGCCAUGUUUAUGCACAGUGGUGACAUCAUGGUAAUGUCAGGUUUCAGCCGCCUGUUGAACCAUGCAGUCCCUCGGGUUCUUCCAAAUCCUAAGGGAGAAAGCCUGCCUCACUGCCUGGAGACACCUCUCCCAGCUGUCCUCCCCAGAGAUGGAGUGGUAGAGCCCUGUUCUGUGGAGGACUGGCAAGUGUGUGCCAACUACCUGAAGACUGCUCGUGUUAACAUGACUGUCCGACAGGUACUGGCCACAGACCAGGACUUCCCCCUGGAACCUGUGGAGAAGGAAAAAAGAGACAUCACCAUGGAAGGUUUCUGCUGUCUGGAUGACAAAAAUACCCAAGUAAAACGGGCCAGAUUAAACCCUGACAGCUGA